UUGCUCAUAAGUUUGAAGAGAGCUAUAAAAUCUGCCAAGAGAAGUGCUGAACACACAGCCACAACCAGGAGAGGACCAUACGAGACAAGGCUCCACAUGACUGCAGGAUGGAUCACUUGCUGCUGAUCACUCUGUUGUUCUCAGGGAUCUGUGGUGUGUCCUCACGAGUACCACUGCGGUACCACUUUGUGAACGAGAAGAAGACGUGGAUUGAAGCGCAGAAAUAUUGCAGGAACACGUUUACCGACUUGGCCACUGUUGAAGAUAUGGACGACAUGACGGCUGUGAAGAGCACGGUCAAAGAUAGUAAUGACGACGUAAUUUGGAUUGGGCUGACCAAGACUACAGAUUUGUACACUUGGUGGUGGUCACUGCAGGACGGCAGGGCCUACAGUCUGGACAAGACCAACUUCACAUCCUGGGGAAGCAAUGAACCAAAUGAUGUUGGUGGAAAAGAGGAUUGUGCUGCCAUCAUAGAAGACAGUAAAUGGGCUGAUGUCAAAUGCCAAGACAAAACGUUCUUCAUAUGCUAUAAUGAAAGAGACAACCAAAACGAAAGAUAUAUUCUGAUGGAAAAAAAGAAGACAUGGAUAGAAGCUCAAAAGUACUGCAGGAAGAACCACAAAGACCUAGCCAGCGUGAGGAACAAGACUGAGAACGAGAUGGUUAAUGAGAAAGCAGGGGAUAAGAGAGUGUGGAUCGGCUUGUUCAGGGAUGACUGGAAGUGGUCUGACCAAACCAACUCCUCAUUCAGGUUUUGGAGUCCAGGUAUACCUGAUAAUCACGCAGGGAAUGAGGAUUGUGCAGCAACAAAGCGACACGAAGAUUGGGAAUGGGGGGACAGGACGUGUACUGAGACACAUCCAUUCCUUUGCUAUGAGAACAAGCUGGUUCUGAUCCGUGAGAAUAAGACCUGGAGGGAGGCUCUCGACUACUGCAAGGGGCGUAACAUGGAGCUGGUGUCGGCCUCCUCCUCGGAUGUCCAGGGCUGGAUGAGGGAGGUGAGCAGGGGGGCCACCAAGGCCCACGUGUGGAUGGGCCUGUCCUUCUUGUGCCCCAUGGAGCUCUGGUUCUGGAUCAGUGGGGUGACGGUGUGCGGCGACGACUGGGCCCACGGGAACGGCACCGGGAGGAACGAGUGUGGCCGGGCGGGCGCCCUGCAGUCAGGAGGCGACAGGAAGUGGGUCAGCCGCCCCAUGACCGAGAAGCUCAACUUCAUCUGCAGCUCCCUUUAUUAAGGGUCCACAUUUACCAGAUGCCAACACUCAUCUUAUCUGUGAUGGAUCAGCCAUUUGCAUGCUGUGGUUUGCUGCACAUUUAUAUUCUCUAUUUGUUUUAAUCAUUCCAUCUUGUGAUUGGUAUAUAUAUCCCAUAUAUAUGAAGAGCUCUUUUCCAAAACGCUAUAACCUCCAUUUUGAUGCAUUUUAACAUAUUUUUAUUCUUCUUCUUUUUUUUCAAAGUGAUUUCAGUGGAACUGUAAUUGGGUAACUGUUAUUUGAUUUUACUUUACUCAAUCAAAAACAACACAACUGCACUUUUACCUGAGAUACAAAAUGAAAUAACAUGACUAAUUUCUGUUUUUCAAAAACAGAUUUAUAGUGUUUUGGAAAGGAGCUCUUCAGAUGUUGUCACGCCAUUUGUUCUGCCUUGACUGUCAACACGGACAUCCUACAUGUAUAUUGCCGAUGUGUUUUAUUUAUUGGGUGAUGGGGCUUUGUUGGUUAUAUGAUAUGCUUUAUUUUUCAUCUACCAGUUAAUAUUUCAGAAGCAGGUCAAGAUGGGUUACAUUAGUGGGAGUGACUUUGUUAAUUUAAUAGCAAUUAAUUAAGAAAUGUAACUAUGACAUUUAGUUUGUAUCAUUUGAAAAUGUAGUUAUUUAGUGUUUUGGGUUAUUGUGAAAUAAUAAUAAGGGGCUCUGUAUUACAAGAUCACUGUGAAAUAUCAU